UGCUCUAAUAGAUCUCAUCUAAAAUGGCGACAUCACUAAGGGCUUUGUGUGUGUGAUCGAGCCUCGUCAUUUCAGUAUGAUAGACGUGCGCAGAAUUUGCUAGAGAACAAGCUGUGGAUACUUCAGGAGAAUAUUAUCCCCCUCUCUGCUUACUCGGAAUGGCUAGUGAAACUCGUUUUUCAGAUGGUCAUGUUAAUCUUCGUGAAGGGAAAGACAAAACCCAGGUUAGCAGAAUCAAGAAGCUAAAGCGACGGAUAUCAGCUAGCUUUGGUCGCUUGUCCAUUAGCAAAGAGGAUACCAUACACGAGGGCGACGAGCAGGACGGCCACAGAUCUUUGUCGAGAGCACCGCCAGUGUUCAGCCCAGGGUUCGCUCCCCAGGAUAAGUGUUGCUCAGCACCAGACAUCGUGCCAGCCACCAAUGGCAGACACAGUCUCUAUAACGGCUGCCGCUCUGACACCCUAGCUACCUACGAUGCUGCUCACCCCACUGUGAUUCCCAGAGCCGCAGCGAAGAAGAAGCAUACCCCUGUCAAGCGGCAUAACUCUGCGGGCGACAUGCUCAUUUCGACCAUCCAGCCCACACGGAAUCCGAGCGGUCUCAAGAGGCCCAAGUCGGAAGGGCACGUCUACAGCAGACAUAUUCUAAGCAAGCGCACAUCAAGCUAUGGGGGCAGCUCGCCUUUCGGAAGAGCAGACUCGUACCACAAGCUAGAGCAGCUGGGAGAAGGAUCGUAUGCCACGGUGUACAAGGGCUACAGCAGUCUAACCAAUCAGAUUGUAGCCUUAAAAGAGAUUCGUUUGCAAGAAGAAGAAGGUGCCCCUUUCACAGCUAUACGAGAAGCUUCAUUAUUAAAAGGUCUUCGUCAUGCCAACAUUGUCACUCUUCAUGAUAUCAUCCACACCAAAGAAACUCUCACAUUUGUCUUCGAAUAUGUGCAUACAGAUCUGAGUCAGUAUUUAGAAAGGCAUCCAGGUGGCCUGAAUGCUUUUAAUGUCAAGUUGUUUUUAUACCAGUUGUUACGAGGACUGGGUUACUGCCAUGAACGAAGAAUAUUACAUAGAGAUCUGAAGCCACAAAAUUUGUUGAUCAGCGAGGUUGGGGAACUGAAGCUAGCAGAUUUUGGACUAGCACGAGCUAAAUCUAUACCAAGUCAUACUUAUUCCCAUGAGGUGGUCACACUUUGGUACCGGCCACCAGAUAUUCUGCUGGGUUCCACGCAGUACUCCACCUCACUGGACAUGUGGGGUGUUGGCUGCAUAUUUACAGAGAUGAUCUCAGGUCAAGCCACAUUCCCUGGAAUGAAAGAUGCAUAUGACCAGCUGGAUAAAAUAUUCAAGGUACUGGGCACUCCAGAAGAGCAAACAUGGGAAGGGGUUACGCGAUUUCCCCAUUAUAACCGCAGCAAGUUUGGACAUUACCAGAAACAACCUCUGUACUGCUGUGUCCCCAAGCUGUCCUUUAUCCCACAUGCUGCUGACCUGGCCUCUCACUUCCUUGAGAUGGAACCAUCAAAACGAAUAUCUGCUGCCCAGGCUCGCAGACAUGAAUACUUUAUGGAUCUCCCACCGAAAAUACAUGAGUUGCCUGAUGCCUCCUCAAUAUUCAACAUUCCGGGGCUGAAGUUACUGCCUGAAGAAGAUGAAAUGGUGUCAUCCUCCUCCCACAGAGCAUCAGGACGCAGUGGCAUCAGAACAACGCUCAAGGUAUAGCUGCAAUGAUGAAGACUGAAGACUGGUGAUGACGAUGACAGGAGGUGAACCAGGAUGAAAUGAUGGGGACAGUGUUUGGCCAGCACCAGCACUAGGCUCAAAGCCCUGCUUUCAUUCCAAUGGUUUUGCUCUCAACAGACUUUAUAGAGUGUGUGUCUGAUCUAGCAGUGAAUGUGUAGGAUAGAGUCCAGUCAUUCAGUCAUGGAACUGCCAAAGAAGAACACACUGUGAUGAUUGCUGAAUUUUCUGAAUGUUUGUUUUGUGUGUGUGAGAGAGAGAGGGAGAGAAAGAAAAGUGAUAGAGAUGACCUUGUAAAAGGGUGUUUGAACUAUUUUAUAGAAUUAUAUCUUUUCGUCUUAAAUAACGGUGCAGCAAUAGUGUUGUGACAGACUUAGUUUGCUACCUGGCAUGUAGUAUAACUUUGAGGAUUUGUGUCACCCAGAUCCAUGUCCUCCAGAUUUCUUGUCCUGUUAUCAGUGUACACACCUCAACCCUACAAAGCUGAUGUCCUGUCAGCUAUGUUGCAGCCCCAAGCAACUUUUCAGUCCUUUUUUUCCAUGUCAUGACAUGUUUAUCGUGUUGUGUAAGAGUGUUCCUUUUUUCUCAGUGAAUGUGAAAUCAGACUGCAUGUCUUCUCUUAGACUUUAAGAAAAUGUCAACUUUUAUGCAUUAGUCAGCAGGAGAAUAUUUUUAUUUGUCUUCAAUGAAAAACAUUGGUCACAGAAAGACAGGUACAUUGUCAGCUUUUGACUCUUUAACACCAUGGUACAACUGGAAGUUUUUUUUUUAAGCAAAAAAACUAUCAAUUUGGUCUGAGAUAAAACAUUUUUGUGAUUUUGUAGCUAGAAGAAAACUAUUCCUGACCUUUAGGAGUGCACAGCUUGGUUUAAAGAUUCCUAGGGUGUCUGCUUGACUGGCAUGUAAGGUUGAAGUGAAUUCGUUUCCAUUUUGAAUUGAAAAGCUUUGAAGAUUACAAAAAUUCAAGAAGCUUUUUAUUUUUGUCUUUUCUUUUUUAAUUUUGUCUUGGGGAGUACGGUCAUGUUUGUAGUCUUAUGAAACGUGAUAUAUAUAUACAUAAAACGUGUAAAUAUGCAGGUGGCACUAUUUUUAUGAACCUGUUACUGCAUGUGCAUGAUGUACAUGACACUACCUUUAAUAAUGCAGAUGACAUGACGUUCAAGACAUGAUUAUUGCAACUCAUACUUUUGAGGCCACAAUCAAAACAUGGUUUAAAUGACAUUCUGUGCAGAGACAAAAAAGAGAAUAAAACCUGUUUGAGCUUCACAUUUUGCAGGAGACAUGAAAAUGUGUGCAGAUUAUGUAAUUUAAUGUAGCGGACUCAAACUGCCUGUCACAAAAAAAUACAUUUCUCAUGUAUGUCUAUACUUUCCUUGUGGCAGACUUUGGGGCACGUAACUUCCACCCAUGCUGGAUCCCAUGACAGGGAUCUUUUUAAUAUGGAGGCUGAUGGUGGUUUAAUUUUGUUGACAGACAUGCUUCAUUGUAUUUCGAUGCUUCAGUGUGCAAAAACUGUCAACCCAGAUGAGUCUGUAAGCUGAUUUGGCAAGUGCAGCCAUUUAUUUGUGCAGCAUUCUGUCAAAUGCUAGAAGCAGCUUAAAGAUUUAACAGGAAAGAAAUUCCAUACUUUUUAUUUUACAUUUGUAUACAUUUAUGUACAAAAUUUUAUUCUGUUAAGAAAAGGAGUUCCUUUUCUGAAUCCUGCAACAUGUACACAAACAUUUUGUAGCUCAUGUAUUGCCUUGAAACCUGAAAUGAUUACUGCAGUUCUGUUUUAUCUGCAGGUUAAUGUAUGUCUGGAAUCAAACUGUAUAGAUUUAUUCCCUUUUUCCAAGCAUCUUAUAAGCUUUUUGCAUUGGGUGCUUUGUAACAUUUUUAUAGGAAGCUUGCAGUGCUUGCAGAAUAAUCCUUAUAAUGACAGUGAUCAAGAUACUUCCCCUUGUAAGUAAAAUGUACUUACAGAGGCUUGUAAAUUGCGUUUUGAUGUCCAUCCUCAUCCAGGUGUCUGUCAGUGCUAGGCAGGGACAAUCACUAUCAUUAUUAAUUGUCCAUGUCCUUGUGCAAUAAGAGGCUUUGAAUAAAUUUCAGAAAUAAAAUAUUCCCAUUUCCACAUGUUAUAUGAUAUUAGAUCAGAAAAUCUGUCAAAAAGUGUCAUAGAAAUUUGGAAAUUUGUGUUUGUGUUUGUGUGUGUGUGUGUGACAUCACCCAUAUUUAUCAGUGGUUAAUCAUAAUUGCAUUAACUGCCUGGAUGCGGAACAGAUUUAUUUUUAACAGAGAUUUUUAAGAAAAAGUAUUACAGAAACUGGGAAACGUAUUUCAAUGUCAUGUCUUUUUUAGUUUCUUUCACAUCUUUCCUGAUUGUCACAAGUUAGGUUGGGUGUUGGAAAUUUAUUAGAAUUUUGGAGCACAGUGAGGAUAUGCUAUCACUGCUGUGAGAUCUCAGCAUAGGGUCCAGGUUUGCUUUUCAUCUUCAUUUAAUUUAAACAAUAAAAUGCCACUUAUUUAAAACAGAUACAACCUGUAGACAUCUGUUACUUGAGUUUGUGUAUAUGCAUAUCUCUGCUUCUUUGAGUUCUUCCCACCUUAAGUCUUGAAAAGUUCAGAUUCUAAACAUUUCUUGAAAUUCUUUACACUUGAUGCAUAUGUGUGUGUGCAUGAACAUUUUGAUGGUUGUAUGUGCUUUAUGAGAAGGUAUGUCAAGUUAGGCAUCAGGUACUUUUGAGUAAAAUCCUUUGCUUUAUAUUUGUCCAAGUCAAAGAUUUUUCAGACAUCUCUUUCGAUAUGUUUAUUAUCCAGUGGUUUGGUUGCUUGUUCAGCAUAAGCUACAAACAGAUAAGAGAACAAUCCCCUUUUUUUAGGUCAUAGGUCACGUCAUUUUGAGGAAAAUAAGUGAUAUUACUAGUGGCAUACCAAAAGUCAGGUGAGAGGGUCCAACCCAGAGCACUGCAAGGAAGGGGCACCAAAAAAUCUUGUAUUUUUUUUAAGAUGCUGAUUGAAAAGAUUUCCUAUUCUUUAUAUUCAUUUUUCACCUGUUUAUGACAAUACCCACUUUUAUCUCAACACAUUCAUUAAUUAACAUCAGUUUUUGGCGUAGACUUUUAAAGUCCCUUUUGAUUUGCCUUUUACAAACGGAGCAAGUAUUUUAACUGAUGGCGACUUGGAGUGCAUUUUCUUUAUUCUCUCUGGGUAUUUAAACUUUUUUUUAUGCCACGGGUUAUCAAAGCCACAUUGAAUGCUUUGAUGAUUCUUUCUAGAAUGUGAUGCUGUUUGUGGCAUUUAUUGGGGUUUUUUUCUUUUAUCAUUUAUAUGUUUAUGGAAGUGGAUCAGGUAACUGCAGGAAGUUUGAUGUUUUAUGUUUGCAUGGUGGGGUCACUGCCCUAGCUGCUGACAUGGCAUUAAAGACAACUAUUGGUGUGGGUCCAAAAAGCCAAAAAUGAUAAGGGGCUUAAAUCAACUGGUAACCAACAAGUCAACUGGAAGUAGACAAAACAAAUGUGAUAAUGAUCAUAUUUAAGAGAACUAUAAUUCAGGGUGUGUCGUUGCAAGCAUUGCAUCUGUAGACAGUGGACACAUUUGUCUCCAUAGAAGACUAUUUGUCUUCUCCCCUGUUUACAGCUAUGCAGUUUUUUUUGCUGUUUCUUGUGCACUUAGAAAAAUCCACCUAGAGGUCUUUCAUUUUGACAGUAAUUCACACAACUGGGGAUGCACCGUAACCUGGUGGCAUGUGUACUCUGCUUUGGAGCAGACAGUGAGCAACUUGAGGCUCACCUGGAAACUCUCCUUUCAUGCACCCACCAGAUGGAGAUUCUGAUUUAUCAGGGAAAAGGAAGGGUGGCAGAAGAGUUGAGAUCUGCCGACCAUAUGCUGUGCCCUAGCCAGUGAUCCUCUGUUGCUAUUGCCACUGGCUAUGGGCCCCUUAUUUUUAACUUUUACACAUGAGAACACCUGUUUAUUAUGCAGUUUGCGUUUUCAGGACUAGGACAGCACUGAUUGCUCUAGUCUUGCAGUUCAUGACCGUUGCACUGGAAUCUCCAUUUUAUAUUGAAAAAGAAGUAAUGUUUUAUUAACUUUAGUUGUUUAUUUGUAGUUGUUUUGAUUAAACAUGGAUGUUAGACUCAAUUUCCAUUUGGUUUUGUGAAUAUAUUGCAUUUUUUUAGUACUCUUUAGAGGUAAAAAUGUUAAGUGCUUGUCUGCUUAUACCAUGCUUAAGCCAAAGAUAACAGGCAACCUUUUGAAAAUGGAUGUCUAAUUGUGGAGGUAGACUUACAACCUGUCCAGGUUGACUGUGUGCGUGAGCUUGUCCCUGUCCAUUUUUCAGCCUUGCUCUAUCUCUUCUUAUUUGUUAAAGGACAGAAACAUUGGUUCUUCAUGAACAACUAGCGCAAUGUUUGAAGAAGUCCAGAUAAGGUUAAAACAUAAAACUGCAGUAACUCUUUCAAGACUUAACUGAACAGCUACUUUUGAAUGUGCACUUUAUGUUAAAAAGAAGUGAAGUGAUCAGCAUACACAGCAAAUAGCCUGUCAUUUGUUGAGUCUUGUUUCAUUGAGUUUAACAUGAAACAGCAAGUAGAGAUGAGUACAGGCAUAAUAUGCACUAGGGACCUUUUGUUAGAAAAAUAGUUUGGGUCUGUCUUUUUUACUUUUCCCUGCUGAAAAUUUAGCCUGUUUGUUGUCCAAAGAGAAGAACAAGGAUUGCAAGAGGUGUAAGACAAAUAUGUGUACAUGACAGUAUAACGACAGACUAGUUCUGUUUUGUCAGUCAUUCCUUGGUGGUAAGCAGCAUUUCUAGUUAGUGUCAAAAGUUUUAGGACCUUUUUGAAAUAGUUUUUAUGCAAUUUUUAGUCUUUGCCAUCCUAUUGUAUAGUAUAGGAUCUGAUUAUGUUAUGCUUUCAUUUUCAUUCAGUUUUGAAGGGGUAUGGUAAUUGUUUCAGUUUUCAUCAACCAUAGAAAGAAAAGAUGUUCUACAUACAAGCUUCAACAGGUUAUGUGUAAAUUUUAUUGACUCCAACUUCUCUUCCUCCUCACCAUGAUUACACAUCUGUUUUAUUUAAAUCAAAUUGUCUCUGGUUUACAGGAAAUUGGGUUUUAAAAAAAGAUGAUGUACUUUGCAUGUUAUUCCUCCAUGUUCAUCAUCUUGUACACAUUGACAAAUGGUUGUGAAGCUGCCAGCUCAGUAAAGUGUUGAAACCAUCAUUUUGGCAAAUGACUAGAAACUGAGCUUCAUUUCCACUAGUUAUGAAACUUUUAAUUCUCCAUUGUUUGUACUAUAGAUUAUAAUAAAGACCAAUAUUUCCCGAACUUACUGAACUUUUUGAGCAAGCAUCAGAAAUGUGUUGGUGGUGUGAAUGACAUUGCUUCAGCAUAAGUAUGUUACUGAAGGUUGGCAGUGGAAGAUUGCUCCUUUGACUUUUUCAUACAUUGUAGCAGGGUGGUGUAAUGAUCAUGUUGUGAUUAUCAUUUUGAACUGACCAUUUUUAAAGAGGCUUUGACAUGAUUUUGUGAGCACAUAACAGUUUUAUAGUUGAUUCACAACCUAACCCCACCAUUCAUUAGGCAUUUGGAACUGAGAGUUUCUGGCAUGAUGUGAUCAAGGCUUUUGAAAUAAAAGUAAAAAAGAUGUG